CAGGACCGACGAAGCCGGCUCCUACCACCAGGCCGUGACCCUCUCGCCUGCCGCCGUCAGUCCGUCCCCUCGCCGCCGCCCACCAGUGUCCGUCGCCGCCGCCAAUCCCACCCUCGCUGCCGUCGGCCCCCGCCCCCGCGCGAUUUCCUCACCGCCCCACCACCGAACGCAUCUGGCCGUCCGCGGGUUCGACAGCUACGGCGGAUUGAAGCUCCAGCCUCAACCCGUGACCAUCGCCGGCGCCGACGCCAAGACCUCCUCCGCCCCCGCCCACGCCCGCGCGCUCCGCCGAGGACCUCAUCAACAGGCCACCCUCUUCGACCUCGUCAUCCUCUGACAGUUGCGCUGCUGUUCUUUGCUGACGAAUAUUCCACCACCGCUGCUUCUAUUUCCUCUCCGGCCGUGAUGACGUCUCCUAGCUCCCAGGCAAUGACCCUAUCGCACCCAAGCUCCGGGCGCCAUUUCUACCUCGCCGUUGACUGCCUCCAGUUCAAGAUGAGGACACUACUGGAGCUCCUAGGUGUUGUCUCUGAUCGCCAUGGCUCGGUGCCCAUUGCCAUAUGUGUUUCAUCCCGGGAUGAGCUAGAUGCUGUCUGUGUUGCUGUUGCCAACCUCCCCUUCGUGUCCUUAUCACCGCUGUACAGCGAUCAAGAUGAAGCUGAGCGUGCAUCUGUUCUUGAGAAAUCCCGUCGGGCAGCAAUACAGCGAAAUCAGAUUGAAGAUACUUCUAUUGAUGAAAGUCCCAAGCCUGGAAGCGUGGUCUUGAAGUUAAAUAUUACAGUUGUAACAGAUGCUUGCUUGCCUUCGGCGGCGAUGGGAGAGGCUCCCCUUAUGUCUCGUGUGCUGAUAAACUAUGAAUUGCCUACAAAGAAGGAGGCUUACUUAAGACGUGUAUCAGCAUGCUUGGCAACAGAUGGAAUCGUGAUUAAUAUGGUGGUUGGUGGUGAGGUGGCUCUUCUAAGGUCUCUGGAAGAAACCAGUGGAUUCGUCAUUGCUGAGAUGCCAAUACAUGUUUCUGAGAUAUUAUGACAGCCUCAAUUCGCUUCAGAAAUUACUGUUACACUUCAGGACUAACUACUCCAGUUUCUGUUGGUGCUACUUUGACUUGUGGGAUUACUCUUUGCUUCCUUCAUAUUUGGAUUUGUCUUUAAAUUAGGUUUCAGAAUAAUGGGAUUGAUGUUUAUAAUUCUAUUUAUUGAGAAAUGGACCUUUUUUU